AUGGCGGAGCCACCAGCAAAACGGCCUCGACGGGUCGACAGCUCUACAAUGUGGGAGAAGAACGAUAUCCAAACACGCUCGACGGAACCAGGCCCUGAACAGGACCGCCAACCUCGACGCUCGCCGCACCCCAGGGAGGCCCGACGCGACGCCCCCCGUGAGGGCCGUCGAUACCGCUCGCGCUCACGAGAUCGGAAGAACCAAAGGCGAGAAAGAAGCUGGUCUCGCGAUCGCCGCGACAAUGACCGAGACCGAAGAGAUCGUGAUGGACGCGGAGGAGGAAGAGACCGCAAGAGGAGCACCAGCCGCGAGCGUGCAUACGACAGACGAGGCCCAGGCAAAGGCGACAAAGUGCGUGACCGCUCACGCUCACGCUCACCCGCUCGGAACGGUACCCGGGCUCGGUCGACGACCCGUACACCUCCUCCUCGGGGAUACAAGGGCGACCGCCGUGGCGACCGCAGAGAGCUGCGGUCGCAUGAAGAUGGACGGCAGGCCAAUGGUGCCCCGGCGGGAUCCGGUCGGUAUAAGGAGGAGAUGGAGCUGGACUUCAAGGAGGACGCAGACGAAGACGAGAUGGAAACUCUCAUGCGCAAGAGUAUGGGGUUUACCCGGUUCCGCAGUACUAAGAACACUAAGAUCCCUGGGAACGACAUCUACGGUGUGCGGAAGGAGAAGAAGAUCCAGUACCGCCAGUAUAUGAACCGCCAGGGUGGUUUCAACCGACCGCUCAGUCCCUCGCGGCAAUAG